AUGCAUACAAGAACAGCGAGAGCAUGCACAGCAUGUGUGCGAAACAUGUCGCGAACGCGCCAGCAAAUACGAACACCACGGUAUUAUUCGCGACGACAAUAUCAUCAUCUACACUCGGCAAACCGAUUAUUACCGCGGAGCACCUUGUCGCGGAGAGUGCUGGACCACGCGCAUACGAGUAAUACUGCGGUCUCCAGCCAUAUUAGGUGUUUUGCGACUGCGCAGGGUUCGCCAGAGACUGGGCCCAUGCAAGAGUAUGAGAGGCGGGUCGAGGCUGAUUUGCUGCGAGAUGAUGCGCACCAGCGGGCUAUUAUAGAGAACCUGCAGACCCUCCACGAUGCGCUCAAAUCAUAUACGCCUCCGGCAGUCGUGCACCCAUCGCCGGACGAGCUCGACCAAGAUAACAACAAACCAUCAUUUUGGAAAUCAGUCUUUGGCCGACGAAACGCGCAAAACGAGCAACAAGGGACCAGUGUACCAGAAAAUCUGCCCAGGGGACUGUACAUGUACGGCGAUGUCGGGUGUGGGAAAACCAUGCUAAUGGAUCUUUUCUACGAUACGAUACCGGCCAAUAUCCGCACAAAACAGCGGAUUCAUUUCCAUAAUUUCAUGCAAGGCGUGCACAGGCAGCUGCAUGCAACCAAAAAGGGCCGCGGAGCGCAGUUUGAUGCGCUGCCCAUGGUGGCUGCGGAUAUUGCCGAGUCGGCGAGUGUGCUGUGUUUUGAUGAGUUUCAGUGUACUGAUGUGGCGGAUGCGAUGAUUCUGCGAAGACUCCUCGAACUGCUCAUGUCGCACGGGGUGGUGAUGGUCACAACGUCGAACCGGCACCCCGACGAGCUAUACAAAAACGGCAUCCAGCGCGAGCAUUUCAUCCCCUGCAUCAAGCUGCUCCAAACAGCACUAGAAGUCAUCAACCUCAACUCGGAAACAGACUACCGCAAAAUCCCUCGCCCGCCUUCUGGUGUCUAUCAUCAUCCGCUCGACAACGCAGCCGCCCAACACGCCGACAAAUGGUUCGCAUACCUGGGCGACCCCCAACAGGAUCCGCCGCACCCGGCGACGCACGAGGUCUGGGGCCGCGAGAUUCAGGUUCCGUUGGCCAGUGGCCGUGCUGCGCGCUUCAGUUUUGAUCAGUUGCUUGGCCGGGCCACGGGCGCUGCCGACUAUCUUGAGCUGGUGAGGCAUUAUGAUGCAUUUAUUGUCACGGAUGUGCCUGGCAUGACGAUCCGCGAGCGCGAUCUGGCACGGAGGUUUAUCACGUUUAUUGACGCGGUGUAUGAAAGCAAGGCAAAACUGGUCCUAACCUGCGCCGUCCCACUCCAAAACGUCUUCAUGUCCGAAGACGAAAUGAAGAAAUCGUCUUCUUCUUCUUCAUCUGACGCAACAAGCGCUCUCCCCUCAGACAUGCGUAUGCUCAUGGACGAUCUGGGCCUGUCCAUGUCCGCGCUCAAAUCCACAUCAAUCUUCACGGGCGACGAAGAGCGCUUCGCCUUUGCGCGCGCGCUCUCGCGGCUCGCCGAGAUGGGUAGUCGGCAGUGGGUUGAGCGCGGGAUGGGCGCCAAGGAGGAGAUGGAGGCGUGGAAGAAGACGAGGAGUCGGUGGAGUGAAGAUAGCAUGUAA